AUUUGCAGAUCUAACCUUACCUGGGGGUUUUUCAGAUCCCCAUAAUCACAACCUCAACAAAGUUAUGUCCAGUCUUUCUGUACCUGUAUCCUGUAGUCACUGUUAAUACAAUCAACAACUUUAGUUGGCAGUUUUUUUAUAACGAAGUAUUAUAAUCAGCUGUCAAGAUUGAGAAUACAAUGCGUAGAACUCAUACAAAUUAUGCCUAUGAGCCAGUACCAACAACAUCAAAUCAUGAUGGUUUGGAAGAUGAAAAUGAAAAAAUGACAGAUCAUUUAAAGGAUAAAAUUCAUGCUUUAAAAUCACUGUCAAUUGAUAUUGGAAAUGAAGUACAUUAUCAAGAAAAAGUUCUUCGUGGAAUGGAUGAAGAUUUUGAAAGGACAAGUGGUUCAUUAACAUCUUCUGUUGCCCGUGUUUUACGCUUAUCUAAAGGAAGUCAUAAUUAUUAUAUUUUAUAUUUAAUCUUAUUCUCUAUAGUUGUCUUUUUCAUAUUGUGGGUAACAGUGAAAUUUUUUUAACUAAAACAUCAAAAACUUAAGAAAGUAACUCAUUCUUAUACUAUUUUGUUACAUACAGUUGUACAAUGUACAGUUAUGGUAUUUAAGAUUGGUAUAUGAUAUCAAUUUUUUAAAUUUUGUUUACAUAGGUUGUGCAGGUAAAAUAUUUAUUAAGUUUUAUGUAUAAAGUUGUAUACACACCCUACAUUAAAAUGUACAUAAAUCAAUGUAAAUGUAAAGACUAUUUUAUGUUAAGAAAUAUGUGGACCAAUGAC